AUGUCCCUCAAUUAUGGUGACGACGUGCCUAUGGCACCCGACUUUGACAACGAGGCGAUGUUUCUCGAGGGCGAUAGCGCCGAUCCCAGCAUACUAGAUGUCGAGGUUGAAGCCGACGAGAGCGAUGACCUCAGCGCAUCAGAUAUCAAUGGCCAACCUGACGAAAGCACCAAUGUCACGCGCAAGAAGUACAUCGAAAACCCGAGCUCGACUGAAGAGGCCAAAAUGCAAGGCAUGGCAUUGCUGAGAGCCAUCUUAAUAGACCCCAAUGACGAGAUCGCCAAGGCCAUUAAGAAAACCUACGGAUUCAAAGCACAGCCUUCAACGAAUGAGAAAUGCAAAAGCGUUCGAAAGUAUCUCACCCAGGUUCAGGAAGUGACGGAUGCCACAAUGCCAUUCAUCAUUGCGACGUGGUGCAUGCUUGGUGGAAACGUGCCAUCCAUGUGGACAGAACAAGGCGAAGGUUCAAAGCGUGGUUCAAAGAAACCUUUAUCGUCCUGGGGCAAGAAAGUAGUGGCAGAACUGGAGCACCUUGGAAUGGGUGAUGGGUUCAAAUUCGAGUUGUGCGAGGCCUACGCCACGGCAAACUUUGCCAUGAAAUCCUACGACGUUGCCGAGGCUGCAAAGGAACUCGCGCAGUCGCCGAGUGGCUCGACAAAACCCAAUGGGGGAGGCACGGCCAAACAUUCAGCAUCAUUCUCGCCUGAGAACCCAGACCCGGCCAAACGAAGGAAGGUGAGUACACUGGGGAGGCAAUCUGACCAGCAGACCGAGUUUAGCACUGCUAAUAAAGAGCAGCUACAGGAGAAGGAUAGUCCCUUCGGCAGAGCCGCGAAGAACCAGGCAAAUGACCUUGAAAACUCUGGUGCUCUGUAUGGGGAGUGUACAAGAGAGGAGCUUUUGGCCGAAAUCGCGAGACUGAAAACCAAGGUCACCAAGAAAACGUCAGAUGUCACCCAUCUGUCCGAGACAGUCACUCUGUAUGGCAACAUGCUGAACGAGUCGCGGCAGCGAAAUAUGACCGAGGAGGAGGAACACGAAGAAGCCAUGGAAGCCAAGAACAACGAAAUUGACAGACUUCUUGAAAGUAAUUCCAGACUCGAAGAAGAGGUAGCGAAGGCGAGAGGAAGUGCGAUGCGUCUGCUCAACAGCAUCCAACUCGAGACCACCCUGAGUAUUCGUGGCACUGAUUACAGCCAGAGUUCCACCAUGCCCUUGGAGGGAAUGCUUGAGGGUUUGGAUUUGACUGAUGUGAUUGCCGAGGGUGGCGAGGAUGUCGAGAGUGGCGAGCAACGCGAUUACUGA